GCAUAAGCUUUCAUGACUUUACUUUUAGUUUACUCAAAGAGUUCGUACUAAUUCAUUACUUAUAAACUCAUGAUCCUUCCUCCUAACAAUCAACAAAAUUUUGGUAUGGGACAAAGCGGGUAAAUCUAAGAAUUCUGUUAAUGGGAACAGCUCGAGCUGAUGGCGUUCUUCUUGAUCGAACUCUCGCUGGUCGAGUAUGAAAUGCUGAGGUUCCCACCGUCGUUGCUAGCAGCGGCGGCGACAUAUACAGCUCAAUGUACUAUUGCCGGAGUGGAGUGUUGUUGGAGCAGGACAUGCGAGUGGCAUUCCAGCUACUCAGAAGAGCAGCUCCUAGAAUGCUCGAGACUAAUGGUGGGGUUUCAUCAAAAGGCGGCGACGGGGAAGCUCACCGGAGUUCAUAGGAAGUACUGUACAUCAAAAUUUAACUACACGGCAAAACGUGAACCUGCACAUUUUCUUUUGCAGACUCAGCAAUAAUAGAGCCACAGAACAGAACAGAACAGAACAUGCAUUGUGUUCUUACUAACAACAUUCAACAACAUUACAUGAAUGUUCAAAAUUGGGCGGCGGCGGCGGAGGCGGCGGGGACAGCGCAACCAAGAAUAUCGGAGAUUUCUUGUUCUUUUAAUUGUCUGUUCAUUUUUAGGCUUCAUUCAUCAGUGAGAUGACAAACCAAACCAUAUAAUUUCUUUGACAAAGAAUAAUAUUUUGCCCUUCUGGCCUAAAAUUCCACCUUC